AUGCCGCCACCGCCCAAGGCAAGGCCCAUCAAACCGGCCAAGGAAGCCCAACCUCCGAAGCUGACCCCCAGUAGCAAAAAGAAACAGGCCAGUGGGAGGAUUUCGGCGGCGUGUGAGGCUUGCAAGAAACGCAAGACCAAAUGCACCGGAGGACCGCCGCCAUGUCACCUGUGCGAGAACUUGGGGACGGAAUGUGUGAUUGAUCUCUCUCUUGACAUGCGACGCCGAGCGGCUUUACAGCGCACCAUUGACGAAUCAAAGUCGUAUCAGGAUACGCUGAACAGGCUGAUGGAUGCGAUUCGGGAAGGCCCUUCGCCCCGUUUGGAUAACCUCCACGAGAUCAUCCGGAAUAGCGUCAACAACCAAGAAACCACAAACACGAUCCAGCGGUAUCUACGAGAAAGUGAUGACCAGGGCUCUGACCAUACUCUGGCCUCGCAGAGCGAUGCUGUCGGUUCUUUUAUGGAUGAGAGCAUUGAGGUGGGUCCUGAGGCGAUGAACAUCAACGGAGAAUUGACAACGCCCUCUCCAUCUCUAGCGAUCAAUCAUGAGAAGAUCAUGAAUGGCGUUUUGAAGGUGGAACCUCCGCAGUCGAUGGUACCCACGCUAGAUCGAGUGAAAACGAGGCCCGGGACGCCAAACAUUGGGUCAUUGCUGAUGGCACUGAAGACAUGCAGUAUAUCCGAAGGCGAAGAAAUGCUGCGUCGGUUGAUAGCCUCGUCGCCGGUGGAGACGAACGCGUCGUCGCCAUGGUCGACUACGUCGGUCAAAAACAUGCUGGAGCAAAUCCCGUCAAAAACCAUCUCGACCGGAUUGGCAGAGAGGUCCUCCUGGCAUCCUGCGUUACAACUGCGGUCGCCCACGAUGAUGGCGUGGCCUGAAGGAAAAACAGAGAUUGUUCAUGUCGAGCAAAACCACAAGCGUCGCUUUUCCGAAGCGGCGCCUCAGUCCAAGAGACCAGACCCCAACGUCAUGCGUUCGCAGCAACCUUCGAUGAUGCGACGGCCGUCUUUUCCUCAACCAGCACAGCUCAACACCGACAUUCCCAUGGUCCCGGUGGCCCACCCCUCACCUCACACGCCAUACCUCGAAGUGGUGUCGUCGCCGUUGAUCCACGACCCAGCGCCGAAUCGAUGGGACUUGAGCGUAGCGCAAGAUAAGCAAUCGACGAGACUUCGCAUCCCUCGGCACCUCGUGUUGCCCUUGAUCAUCCACGACGACUCGUACAUGAGUCGAACGUACACCCACUACCUGCAAGGGGCGCGGCAGAUGUUGGACGGCGGGGUGCCCAUGAUGGACGUCUUGGGGUCCGACGACGAAAUUUCGGUGGACCUGUUCUUCCGUAGCCGAACCAAAACGGACAAAUUCGACUGCGCGUCUUGGGCUUGCGAAGUGACUCGAAGUUACGAGACAGAGGUGUAUACUCGGUUAGGUUCGGCUUACAUGUUGACUCUUUUGAUGAGGUGGCUAUUAGUAUCGACGGCGGAGAAUUACCAAAAGGUUCCCGACAUGGUGAGGCCUACACCGUCUCAAUGCAUGAUUCCGCAUAUCGGUGCCAUUGAGACCAUACCACUUGGCCCUGUUCGAGACGCGGCCAUUCAUCGAUUGCGAGACUGGCUCACUCCCUUGAUCAAGUGCAAUUGGAGUGUCAAUUGGCACCAUGGGAUGGAGGCCGCGGUGCAACAAAGUCUGGUGACCGGAGCAAAAGUCUUGACGCCCAGGUUCAUAGAGCACGUGACUGAUUACGACAAUUGGAGCGUCGGCAGUGUGUUUUUGGAAACGUUUCCCGAAGUGGUUGGGAAAAUCAAGAUACACGAUUGA